AUGUCAUUCUCUCUAUCUCGCUCAUUGCCACGGACGGCCCUUCGGUCCUACGGGACCGUCCAGAGUUCACUCAGUGCUGCCUCAAUUGCCAGUCGCAUCCCCAGUGUCCUGGUUGAGGCUAUUGGUGCCACUUCCCCACGAACCAACUGGACUCGUGAGGAAGUAGACCAGGUCUAUAACACCCCUUUGAGUCACCUCACCUAUGCCUCAGCUGCGGUGCACCGCCAAUUCCACGACCCAUCAGCGAUUCAGAUGUGCACUUUGAUGAACAUCAAAACCGGUGGCUGCAGUGAGGACUGUUCAUACUGUGCCCAGUCUUCUAAGUACAACACCGGCCUCAAGGCAACAAAGAUGAGCCCUGUAGACGAGGUGCUCGAGAAGGCCCGCAUGGCUAAGUCAAACGGCAGCACACGCUUCUGUAUGGGUGCUGCAUGGCGCGAUAUGCGCGGCCGGAAAACUAGUCUGAAAAAUGUAAAAGCUAUGAUAUCUGGAAUCCGCGAGAUGAACAUGGAAGUCUGCGUGACGCUAGGCAUGAUUGAUCAGAACCAGGCGAAGGAGCUGAAGGAAGCUGGCUUGACAGCCUACAACCACAACCUCGACACCUCUCGCGAGUACUACCCUAAGGUUAUCACCACACGCUCAUAUGACGAGCGCCUUCAGACCAUCUCAAACGUCCGCGAUGCCGGCAUCAAUGUCUGCUCGGGCGGCAUCCUGGGCCUAGGCGAGUCCGACACUGACCGCGUUGGCCUCCUGCACACUGUUUCCAGUCUCCCAUCACACCCGGAGUCCUUCCCCGUCAAUGCUCUUGUUCCCAUCCCCGGCACACCCCUCGGUGACCGCAAAAUGAUUCCCUUCGAUCGUGUGCUCCGGACUAUUGCGACAGCUCGUAUUGUCAUGCCUGCCACCAUUGUUCGUCUCGCUGCCGGUCGCAUCGCACUUUCCGAAGAGCAGCAGGUCGCUUGCUUCCAAGCCGGUGCCAAUGCUAUUUUCACUGGUGAGAAAAUGUUGACUACUGACUGCAGCGGUUGGGACGAGGACCGGGCUAUGUUCGAGAAGUGGGGUUAUUACCCCAUGAAGAGUUUCGAGAAGCCCGAGCUCAAGUCUGCCACUGCCGUGCCUCCAAUUCCCGACGCCGAGGCUGCCGUGCCGGUCGCAGCCAGCUCAUAG